GUGACCGCAGCAGAUGUUUACUGUCCUCCGUCAGCCAAGCAAACAUAUUCGACAUACAGCAAAACACACACACACACACACACACACACACACAAACAUACACGGAGAAAUGCCCACAGAGACACGGAGAGAAAAUGUUGUGUGUUACAAAAAGUAAUUCAUCACUCAGUUACAGUCCACAUUUCACAUUUUCCCUCCUCUUUUUAUUUGUUCCCAUCUCCCGCCUCCUUCCUCUCUCCUUCCAGGCUUUUUUCUCCUGUGGGGAGAUGCAGCUGGAUAACCCCACCACCUCCCCCCUGCCCCACCUCCAACAGACACAGACACACACACACACACACACACACACAAACACACACUCUCUCUCUCUCUCUUUCUCUCUAUCUCUGUCUAUCACUGAGGAGAGGUAAACUGAGGGGGAGAUCUCAUAUGGUUCCUGAUCUGUUGCAGCGCUCAGUGCAGCCAGACUCUGUCUCUCUCUCUCUCUCUCUCUCAGUUUCUUUCCUAUACACACACACACACACACACACACACACACACAGAGGACACAGGGUAAUUGGCAGGGGACGGUCCUAACAGUCCUGGACCGGACUGGACUCACAUGUCUCAGCACUGACAGAGCAGUGCUUAAAGUAGAAGACAAGAAGAGGAAGAAGGAGAAGAAGAGGAAGAGGGGGGGGAGGAGGAGGAGGAGGUCAUACACGCGGAGAGAGGAAAAGAGAGCGAAGAGGAUAACAGGAGGGGGGUUUUUAGGUGUUUGUUGCGUUCCCCGGAUCGAGCCCACAGCUGACGAUGGAGAACACACAGGGGAGAGAGGAGGCUGCGGGGACACUCGGGCUGAAACAUGCUUCUGAGUGAAGUUUGUGGAUAUUUCUAGAGGGAAUUUUUUAGCCCUUCAACUUCGGUCCAGUGAGGAGGGUCGACUGUGUGCAGAUCGCAAAGAGGGAACAGCUUGCCAGUGGGACAUUGGACAAAGGGGGUCUCCCAGCAGCAUGGCGCCCACCAACCCGUCCUCCUGCCACCUUCUCCCCGUCUUCUUCUUCUCCCUCCUUAUGACGCAGCCUGCCCUCGCCCAGGACCCGUCCGUCACCACGGUGACGGUAACCAAAGGCGACCCGUACAUCGUGCCCACCACGGUGGCCAACCAGACCACUCCCAGCUAUGUGGAGACCACCCAAAACACCCCCCCAGAGACUGGUUUGUCCACCCCCGCGAGUGGCGGGGAAGCGGACGACGAGGAUGGCCCUCCAGUCGGCGGGACCCGUUGCCAGGGUUACUACGACGUGAUGGGUCAGUGGGACCCGCCGUUCAACUGCAACGCCGGCGUCUUCCUUUACUGCUGCGGCACCUGCUUCUACCGCUUCUGCUGCCAGUUCCGCCAGCAGCGGCUGGACCAGAGCAUCUGCUCCAACUACGACACGCCCAUCUGGGCCAACACCGGCAAGCCUGUGGCCACCGUCACCGAGGGCCAGGAGGACCAGGACCGAGACCGCACGCACCUCAUCGUCUACAUUAUCUGUGGCGUGGUGGCCAUCAUGGUCCUGGUGGGCAUCUUCACCAAACUGGGCCUGGAGAGGAGCCGCGGAGGAAGCGGAGGAGCAGGGGCGGCGCAGGCUGACCUCAACUCCAGGAUUCUGACGGACCUGCUGAAGCAGCAGGGCGGCGAGGUGAACUCGGUGGAAAACGCCACGGCCGGUUCGCCCGGCGGAGGAAGAGCCAAUGGCCUCUCAGCCAGGAUGCUGCGCAGCAGGAGUGAACAGUACCAUCUCAACAACUCAGCUUAUGGGCCGUUUGGACAAGGGCUUCCGCGGCCACAGAGCAACCACGGCACAGUGGGGCUGAACAAAUACACCUCUCUCAAAGCUGUGGCGGACAGUGCAUCUCGUAGCUACUACAAGAGCUUCCCACUCAUGGACUUCUCUCAAUACCAACCUGUGGCACCGCCUGCCUUCCAGCCUAUUCCGGUGCCGCCCAAAGAGAAGUCCUACAUCCACCAGCCCCUGCCAGCACACCACAGCCACCAUGCCCCCCUGUCCAUCUCCAUCCCGUCCGGGCAUCUGGAGCAUUCGCAUCUCCCCAAGACCACUACACACCCGCGCCUCUCCAGCUCGGCCUUCAAAGCCUGGGAGCCGACUGGUCGCCACGUCCACAGGCAGGCCUCUGCCCCGGGGCACACCACCUCCUCCAUGCACGUCUCCACUCGAAGACACGGCUACUCGACCCGGAGGCAGCGGAGCAUAGAGAACAUGCCGGAUAUCUUUAAUCAGCCCUAUGGAGGGAUGUAUGGAGGACCUGGAGGGGGAGCAGGGCUCGGGCAGCAAGUCCAGGGGCAACACCCAUCUCAACCCCCCUAUUACCACCAUACUAGACAAAAGAGCUACUCCACCCACAGUACGACUGAAGUCACUGUUUGAGUGCUUUUGCCUCAGAGAGCGGCCUGCUGCAAUGUACCAACAAAAGGCUUUGGUGUUAGCUAAAUGCCAGAGUUUGGGACAGUUGGCCCAGCACCUGAGGGAUGAUAAAAGGGAAGAUGUAGGAAAUGAAAAGUGAUGUUUUAAUAAUUGGAAACCGUGAGAUUAAGGAGGAAACACAGUGCAGUAGAACCACCACUUUUACACAUUAAUGGACUCAGGUAGUGAAGGUUAUUGGACCCGCAAGGGUCUUGUACAUUGAUCACAUAAGGUAUAUAGACUCUACAUGAACAGAAUUCCAACAACGUGAUGCCACUCUCGGGUUCCCGUAGGUCUCACAGCCUGCACAGAUACGCAACCACUACAGAUUCAGCCCGACGGUGUGGUUUCAGUGUGGUUGCACAGGCCUUGUAAGGAAUAUGGAUAAGAGAACACAACAACAAAAAUCACACAAUGCAACAACUCUUGCUCUCAGAUGUUGGUUUCAGGUCAGAUUAGCAGUGAGCAUGUGUACAGUGGGCGUAUCAGUACAGGUAACUGUAAAAUAUCAAACUGGCACAUCAGGUUGGUCACAAAAAAAAUAUUCCACAAUGAGCCUGAAACUGGAAGCGGAGGUCAAACUUUCUGACAUAGUCAAUUCAAAGAGAUAUUCAGUGAAGAAACAUGCAGCUAUUGUUUUAGUGCAUCUGGUGUAAAUGUGUUUUUUUAAAUUUAAGUUCUAUUUCUGUGGUUCACCUGCAGACUGACGCGUAAAUAUCUCAGGAGCUAGUAACUUAGUUUUGAACGUACACCGAAAAUCUUUACAUUUAGACCAUUUCACCCUAAUAGGCGCUGCGGCAACACCAAUAAAAAAUAUGACUGAUG